UACAUUGAAAGGAAAAAUAUGUUUAGAGGAAAUGAAUGGUAUACCAAAACAGUCCGCAAAUUUUUAGUCCGCAAGUUUUUGCCACAAAUUUCUGUCCGCAAAUCUGUCCGCAAGUCUUCUGUCCGCAAAUUUUUUACGCAAGUGUCCUAUCCGCUAGUUUUCUGUCCGCAAGUUCUGCCCCAAAUAUCUGUCUGCAAAUUUUCAGUCCAUAAGUUUUUGCCGCAAAUUUUCUGUCCGAAAAUUAUGUCCGCAAGUUCUGUACGCAAAUUUUUCUACGCAUGUUUUCUGUCCGCAAAUUUUCUUCUUAAAAGCAUUGAACGCUUGGCUAGGUUCUUUAGAGGUUUUGCAUCCAUAACAAAAAAGAUAAGCAUAUUUCCUGUCCCAGACCUCCCAAAAAUUAGUUUUUCUUCCCCUUCAUUUUGUCGUCACACUUCUAUACAAAUGUUUUUGUCUAAACAAACCACACAGAUUGCCUAA